AUGUUAACAGCGAUGAAGUUUCAUGGAGUAAAUCUCCCGUCGAUUGCCCAUUACAGCCGCCACUGGCACUAUGUGCUCCCCGCUGCCGUCCUCACGACGUGUCUUGUGGUCCUCGCGGCGAUGAGCCUGCCCCACCGCGUGCCGCUGAUGCCGCCGUUGCUCACGAGCACGACGGGCCAUGGACGCGGCGUCAACGGGUCCUGCGACAUAUUCAAGGGCGAGUGGGUGCCCGACCCGGAAGCGCCGCGGUACACCAACGAGACGUGCCCCGUGAUCCACGGCCACUACGACUGCAUGCGGUACGGCAAGCCGGACCUCGGGUUCGUCCGGUGGCGGUGGCGGCCGGACGGGUGCGAGCUGCCGCGCUUCGACGCGGCGCGUUUCCUCGGCGCCAUGAGGGGCAAAUCCGUGGCGUUCGUCGGCGACUCGCUCGCCAGGAACCAGAUGCACUCGCUCGUGUGCCUCCUGGCGCGGGCCGAGCGGCCCGUGCCGUGGACCAAAGCGGGAUACGUCUACCGCUACGAGCGCCACGGCUUCGCCGUCGCCGACUUCUGGUCGCCGUUCCUCGUCCGCGCCGUCGAGACCGACCGGGACGGCCCGGCGCGUAGCGGGGCCGGCCUGUGGAGCCUCCACCUAGACGAGCCGGACGUUGGAUGGGCGGCCCACGCCGGCAUGUUCGACUACAUCGUCGUCUCCGCCGGCAGCUGGUUCUACCGGCCGUCCGUGUUCUACGAGCGCGGCCGUCUCGUCGGGUGCAGCGGCUGCCUCGCUCCUAACAUCACCGACCUCACGCUCCGGUACUCCCUGCGGCUGGCGUUCCGGAGCGCGCUCCGCGCGGCCGUGGGCGCGCCGGGCGGCCGCUCCCGGACGGUCAUCGUGCGGACGAUAUCGCCGUCGCACUACGAGAACGGGACGCGGAACGAGGACGGCGACUGCGUCCGGACGCGGCCUCUCCGGCGUGGCGAGUGGGAGAUGGACGAGGGGCAGAAGGAGAUGCGCCGGAUACAGGUGGAGGAGUUCGCCGCGGCAGAGGCUGCGGCGAGAGGGAAAGGGGUGAGGAUGCUGCUGAUGCACGCGACGGAGGCUAUGGCGCUGCGGCCGGACGGCCACCCGAGCAAGUACCGGCUGUGGGAGCCGGAGAAGUUCAGGGUGUCGCGUGACUGCCUACACUGGUGCCUGCCCGGCGCCAUGGACGAGUGCAACGACAUGCUAAUGCACAUGCUGAUCGGUUAA